AUGGAGGUUAUAAUGGGAGUACCUGUAGAUGGUUUGCCGGUGGUGGGGAUUACCCAUAUGUCAGACUGGGGGAUUACCCAUAUGUCAGACUGGGGCAACUUAUGCUUCGAUUUGCUAGGCUAUAGGCCUCCGGUCAAAGAACCCAGUGCCAAUGAUAACAUGGCAGUGCUGUGUGGAGCGAGGUUAGAAGCAUCUUGGCUUGAGUCACAGUUUAGCGACCCUCUCCCGAUUGACUCCAUUGACUUGCGAGUGCAGCAGUACGCUCGAUAUUACAUGAUGUUGCUAUUGGGUGGUAUGCUGUUUAUGGACAAGUCCAGCAAACAGAUCUCAGUCAUGUAUUUGCAAUUCUUGAAUCCAAUUAGUAAUGGCAAGAAGUAUUAUUGGGAUUGUGCAGCACUAUGUUAG